AUAAUAUUUUCUUCACAUGCCCACACCCAAUUCCAGCAUGAAUCCUACCCAGGUGAAUUUCAACUCCCCGAGAAAGUUUAGGACAACAUUGAAAUCUAAAUGUAAAGAGACCUUCUUCCCUGACGACCCAUUUAGACAAUUCAAGAAUGAGAAGCCUCUCGGCAAGGCCAAGAAAACCCUUCAAUAUUUCGUUCCAAUCUUUGAAUGGCUGCCUCAAUACAAUCUUAAGAUGUUUAGAUUCGACCUUCUUGCUGGUAUCACCAUUACCAGCCUUGCCAUUCCUCAAGGAAUCAGCUAUGCCAAACUCGCUGAAAUUCCUCCAAUCAUUGGCCUAUACUCGAGCUUUGUGCCUGCUUUAGUUUAUGCAAUUCUCGGGAGUUCGAAACAUGUGGCGGUGGGGACAGUAGCUGCGUGCUCAUUGCUCAUAGCAGAUACAAUUGGAUCCAAAGUAUCAUCCAAAGAUGACCCAACAUUGUACCUCCACUUAGUUUUCACGGCCGCUUUCAUCACUGGAGUUUUUCAGGCUGCUCUAGGAUUUCUAAGACUGGGGAUUCUGGUGGAUUUCUUGUCACAUUCCACAAUCACUGGUUUCAUGGGAGGCACAGCGAUUAUUAUCUGCCUACAGCAAUUGAAGGGCUUGCUUGGAGUGAGCCAUUUCACCACAAAAACAGAUGUGGUUUCUGUUUUGCAUGCAGUUUUCAAGAAUAGGAAUGAGUGGAAAUGGGAAACCGCGGUUGUCGGCAUGGCCUUCCUUGUUUUCCUGCUGUUCACCCGCUAUCUGAGGCAAAGAAAACCCAAGCUAUUUUGGGUCUCAGCUAUGGCUCCGAUGGUGGUCGUUGUACUCGGCUGCUUGUUAGCCUACUUUACUCGUGACAGUAAAUACAGCAUCCAAACUGUUGGGAAACUGCAUAAAGGGUUAAAUCCGAUAAGCAUCGAAUACUUGAAUUUUGACGCUGAGUAUCUGCCCUACACUUUGAAAGCUGGAAUCAUUACUGGCAUAAUUGCUUUGGCUGAAGGGAUUGCAAUUGGAAGAAGCUUUGCCAUAAUGAAUAAUGAACAAGUUGAUGGAAACAAGGAGAUGAUAGCUUUUGGUUUCAUGAACAUUGUUGGGUCUUGCUUUUCAUGCUACUUGACCACUGGACCAUUCUCAAAAACUGCAGUGAAUUACAACUCUGGGUGUAAGACAGCAGCGUCGAACUUAGUAAUGGCUAUUGGCAUGAUGCUCACUCUCCUAUUCUUGGCUCCUCUCUUUAGCUAUACCCCUCUCGUUGCUCUAUCUGCCAUUAUCAUGUCUGCGAUGUUAGGCCUCAUCAAAUAUGAGGAGGCUUAUCACUUGUUCAAGGUUGACAAGUUUGAUUUCUGCAUUUGCUUAGCUGCUUUUUUUGGUGUUGCGUUCAUAACCAUGGAUAUGGGCCUCAUGAUAUCAGUUGCGCUUGCUUUGUUGAGGGCACUUCUAUAUGUGGCCAGACCUGCUGCUUGUAAGCUUGGAAAAUUGCCAGACUCAACCUUGUACCGCGACACCGAACAGUAUGCUGAAGCCUCAGGUCCCCCUGGAAUUCUUGCUAUACAACUUGGUUCUCCUAUUUAUUAUGCAAAUGGCAACUAUAUAAGAGAGAGGAUUCUCCGGUGGAUUCGAAAUGACGAGGGUAAUGGGAAAGCUGUGAAGCAUGUUUUGCUAGAUUUGACGGGAGUUACAUCCAUUGACACGACAGGCAUCGAAACUUUAGCUGAAGUGCUCAGAAUCUUAGAAGUCAAACACAUCAAGAUGAAAAUUGUAAACCCCAGGCUAGAUGUUUUGGAGAAAAUGAUGAAAUCAAAAUUCGUAGAUAAGAUCGGGAAGGAAUCCAUAUUUUUGUGCAUGGAAGAUGCAGUUGAAGCAAGUUAUGACUUUUCAGCCACUACAGAAAAGCAAGGGUUCGAAGAACAACGUUCGGGCGUUGCUUAGGGCUGUCAGCCUACCGAUCCUGCAAUUGGUGGUCGCGGCAUCGUAACAAGUGUAACGUCUAGUUAGCCGAUAGGUUCUCCUACUACUCUUUUUUUUUUUUUUGGGUGCCUGAUGUAAUAUGUCGAAGAAACAUACCUUUCACGUAAAAUACGACACCUUGACCUUGCUGUGUCAAUAAAUAAACAUGUGAUGCUUGAGAUAUUAA